GAAUCAUUCAGGUUUUCCAGAAUUGUUUGCAUUUUCUACACAUGUACACGGUAACGUCGUAAGUUCAGUGUAAGAAAAAAAUAACACAUUUUAAAAUGCUUUUGCAUUCAUCCUGAUAUUACCGUGGACAAUAGUGCUGCGAAUCCUAAGGGCAUUAACGUUAUCAACGUUAUAUCUCGCAAACCCAUCGUAGAGAACACACAUUUUUUUUACACAAUUCAACCAGCUACCAGCUGGCUUAGCUAACGGGUGAGACUGAGCACAGACGAAUGGACGGAUUCGCCAAAACAUCACUUAGCACCACGUCAGUUGGAGCCCCGGACUUCAGAGGGAAUGAGAGUUCUCUGGUGUCUGCUCUCAAGACUCUCCUGUUCUUCACCAUCCUGAUGGUCACCAUGCCCAUAGGACUCUACUUCGCAUCAAAGGCAUAUAUUUUUGAAGGUUCCCUACAGAUGUCCAGCUCUGACAGUUAUUUCUAUGCUGCCAUCGUAGCGGUGUUGACUGUGCACGUAGUGCUGGCGCUGUUUGUAUACGUGGCUUGGAAUGAGGGCUCCACCAAGGACAAGGGCAAACAUGACUAACUCUGAUCAGGGCCCCAGCCCCUCUUUGCCCUGCUGGUUGCCCAGACGAUGCAAGGCCUAAAGGAUGGAGGCACAGUCAGCUUCCACCCGUUACCCCACCUGGAAUCCUUCCGGCCUAACCUCCCACGCUCUGUCUUAGACAUUUUGCUGGGGGUUUCAGACUGAGUACAUCUGCAGAUGUUUAAAAGACUAAUACACUGGGUGUUGUUGUGAAUGUCUGCAAGCUCAGUUCAUUAUUUUAAUCAGGCUGUGACCUGUGCUGACAGAUCAGUGUCCCUGUGCUGUAGCUUAUCUGUACCGGUUGACCCAAUCAAAGAGGCUGUCAGAAUUCUUGUUCCUUCAGAAUUAGAGCAUGCUCACAUAAGUCAUUUUCUGCCCCCCCUCCCCCUCCCCCAUGGAACCCUAUUCACUUUUUACUGUGGUGUGAUGGGCCCUGGUGAAAAGUGGUGUCUUAUGACAAUGUCAUGUUAACCUCUGCUGGUGGGGUUCAUCUGUCCAACUGAGUAGAGUUGACUGAUUUUAUUUAGUCCUUUUUUUUAUUUAUUUUGUGUGUCUGUAGAUAUUGAGUGCAUUCCAAUUGGCUCCCUUAUUCCCAACAUUGGACCCAGGUUCAAGAGAUGUGCACUAUGUGGGAAAAAAGGGUGCCAUAUGAGAAUUCUUGAUUUUUUUGUUUGGUUUCAAUGUUGUGUAAUGUCUUGUAGUCAGUUGUUAUUGUAUGGAUGUUAUGAUGAAAACCAUUAAACAGAUCAGACCAUCUAUGACCAUA